AUGGCAGAAAGUCCCAUGGCAUCGACAAAACUCUACGUAGGAAAUCUCUUCUAUGAGCUCACACAACGUGAUAUUGAAGAAGAAUUUGGCAAAUUUGGUCCAAUUGAACAAUGUGCAGUUAAAAAAGGGUAUGCAUUUGUUCAUUAUGAACAAUUAGAAGAUGCUGAAAUGGCAUUACAAGAAAUGAAUGAUAAGGAAUUAGGUGGACGUCGAUUACGUGUCGCAUUUGCAGUCUCUCAUGGUACAACGCAACGUCGUUAUGAUGGACCUUCACCACCUUUACAUGUGGCACCACCACCAGGUCCAGUACCACCACCAAUGCAAUCAUUCAAGAAUUCCACUCAUCCACCGCCAUUGCUACCUCAUAAACCAAAAUUUCCAUUGAAUGCGUCACCAAAUCUAUUUGUGGCAAAUAUUCCACCAAAUAUCAAGAUGAGUGAAUUAGAUGAUGCGUUUGCAGUCUUUGGAGAAGUCAAGAAUGUAAAAGUCUUACCUCAAGCAAAACCUAAUGCUCCCAUGUCAGCUUUUGUGGAUUAUACGGACGUAUCAUCGGCCCAGAAAGCACACAAUGCGAUGAUUGUUAUAGCAGGACAGCAUCUACGUACGGACUAUAAUUUUCGCAAAAAUAAAGGUGAUGGACCUAAACGUAUGAAUCGCGGGAACUAUGACACCAGUAAAGGCACCUAUGAAGGCAAAAAACGGGAAGGUGGACGUUUUCAUAACGACUCGCUUGAUUCUCAGGUGGCCGGGAGAAAAAGCAGAUAUGAAGACGAGAUUGAAGACUCGAGUAGUCAUCGUCGUGUUCAUCCACAUCGCCACAUGAGUCGGCACCAUUCGUCGCGGCACAAUCGAGAGGCCUCAGAGGAGCGGGGACGCAGCGGAUCUCCUCCGCGUCAUCGGCGCCAUAUCAGCAGCAGCAUGCGAAGAGGCGAGGAAGUCUCGAGCAGGCACGAGCGUUCGCGCCACUACCCGUUUCUGGAUACUCUGAUGGGGGGGCCACGAGGUGAAGAACGGGUGAUUCGCGAGUACUCUAAACGAGGACUGGACAAGUCUGCGCAAGAGCACCAUCGCUACAGCCGCCCGGAGAUGUCAUCGGCGCGCCAUGGAUCGCGUCAUGGUCCUCGACACGACCGGAGCUGGUCACCUCCUCCCUCUGGGCCUCGCAGUCGAAGCCGCAGCCGCUAA